UUGGUUGCUUUCGCCCGGGAGAGCCACGUAUGGCAAUCGUUAGCUCUCGUCAUUUGUUCCAGGUCCUGCUCAAGCGGCGGCGAGCAGAGUGUGGGCGACGCCGGCUGGGAGGACGUCUGCAGGGUGUGGGCUCGGUAGCUGUGCCACGACACGGCUUAACCCACUUCUGUUCACCAUGCAGGAUUUCGUUUGCGCUAUCUCCUGCGUGCUGUUCCCCGUUCUUCUGGGCCCGGUAUCAGCCAUCCACGUGAACUACCCUUUCCCGGCUUGCUUCGUCACCGUGGACAACUGGCGCCUACUUCCAGCGUUGGCCACUGUAGUUUCUGCGGCGCUGGAACCUGGAAACUGGACGCUCGAAGAGGAAUUCAUGGUCACACCGUCAUCGACUUCAUCAGGCACACUGCGUAUAAAUCAUCCCCGCCAGCCGGGCGCGCUCUGUGGGCUCGGUAGCUGUGCCACGACACGGCUUAACCCACUUCUGUUCACCAUGCAGGAUUUCGUUUGCGCUAUCUCCUGCGUGCUGUUCCCCGUUCUUCUGGGCCCGGUAUCAGCCAUCCACGUGAACUACCCUUUCCCGGCUUGCUUCGUCACCGUGGACAACUGGCGCCUACUUCCAGCGUUGGCCACUGUAGUUUCUGCGGCGCUGGAACCUGGAAACUGGACGCUCGAAGAGGAAUUCAUGGUCACACCGUCAUCGACUUCAUCAGGCACACUGCGUAUAAAUCAUCCCCGCCAGCCGGGCGCGCUCUGUGGGCUCGGUAGCUGUGCCACGACACGGCUUAACCCACUUCUGUUCACCAUGCAGGAUCGCCACACUAUCACUUUACCACAAGUUUUAUCACAGUUCUUUCAGCCAUCCACCUUACAUCGCUCCCGCCGCUCGCACAUCCCCCCGCACGGGCCAUCCACUUCAAGUCACCCGACCCCGUUCUGGCACCACUACUUUUUCUGCAUCAUUUUUUUGCCGCGCAGCUUCAGAAUGGAAUGGCCUUCCCCACGACAUUGUUUCAAUCACCUGUCCAUCACGUUUUAUUCAAAGUGUAUCCAUAUACCUGUCUUGUUAAAUACCUGUGGCAUUUGUAACAUCUCUGUACAACCCACCCCUUAUGUAACACCCCCUUGUGGGGUCUUUAAGGAAAUAAAGUGA